AUGUCCGGAUAUACCAUAUGGAUUCACCAUGGAGAAAGUAUGCGGCCCUCCGAAGCAAUUACUGCUCCUAGUUCACAGUUUGAAGAAUAUGCUGAUAGUGAUGAGAUGGAUGAGAUGCUACUAGAAGGAUUUGGAAUGUACGAUACUCGUACUUUAGGAGAGGAGCAAGAGUCUGAAGAUGAUUUGGACGAUGAUGCUGAGGCAUACUAUAGAUUAGUUAAUGAUGGACACCAAGAGUUGUACCCAGGUGGAGUCGCUUUGGAGCGCCUUGCUCAAGUUGAAGCUGAACUACAUGUUGCUAAACAAGAGAACAUGGAGCUUCGGCAUGUGGUGCAUACUCUGGUGGCAAAUCAAACUUCAAUGAUGGCCAAGAGUGAGAGAAUGGCAGAACAGUACAAUGAGCUAAAAAGUUUGAUCAUAGCUUCUAGGGGGUCUGUUGAAAUGGGAGGAAUUCCAGAAAAGGAGCUUCCAAAUAAAGAACCUUCUAAGGACUUGGAAACCAUGAAUGACGAAGAACAAGCAACUUCACUUUCAUAUACUACCAAGGCAUCCGAGGCAAUGGCUGCUCCAAGGCUGCUCCAAGGCAAUGGCUACUCUAAGUUGGUGAAGGCAUCCCAACUGGAAUCAAAGACAACAGAAUCAGCACUACCAAGUCUUGCGCCUGUGCCAAAACCAAAGAAGACAAAGACAACUAAACAUAAGAAACCAGGAAUAUUUCAAACACCGCUCCAAAAUGGACCAAAGGAUGGAUUAGAAGAUACCAUAAAGUGUGGCAUGGAAGUUAGUUUGACGUCGCCAAAUAGUGCAAGUGUGGUGGCAAUGGGAACCAUUCAGAAAACUGAUAGAAAAGCUAAAGCUAUUGAUGGCCAACCACUAGCUGAUUGUGUUGAAGUUCUUAUCAACGUCGUGCUCAAAGAAACAACUGAGCUGCCUCGUGCACAAGGGAAAAUAAACAAGCUAGGAAAUGCCCAAGCUAGGUGUAUUCCAUGGCCACGCAAAAAUAUUAUGCAAAUAGAUCGUACUACCGUGCUGCACUCUAAGGUUUCUAGUGUUUGUAGUCAGGUGUCUUUCAACAAUAGCGAGAAUGUGGAUCCCAACAAAACAACUACUGGAACUCAGGUGACCAACCAUGAGACUGGUUGCAGUACUUCAGAAGGUGCAGUGAGUAAUACACUGAAGAGAAAGAAGGUUUCUAAAACAACAAGAAUGAAAAAAGCUACUCAAGCAAUCUCUGCUACAACCGGAAACAACAUACUUAGGAAUUCGGGCAGGGAAACAUGA